AUGAAUCAAGCUCCAGUGAUUUAAGUGAAUUCACCAGUCACAUCAUUUGUUAGCCCAGGUUUUAAUGUAAGAAAAAUAAAAGAUUACAUUAGGUACUUAAUUAAAACGAAAAACAAUAUGCCUAUCAUUUUGCAAGAGCUUCUUGGGAAGGAGCAAGAAUCUGUUAUUUCUAGAGAUCUUAUGAAUCACCAGGUUUGUUUUACAUUUUCCAUAAGAUCUUUUCAACUGAGAAGCCUUAAGAUGUGAAAUAGCGUUUAUAAUAAAAUGGGUGGAGUGAAGAAGAGGUUCAAUAAUUAUUUGUAUAUGUUGCUGCUGUAUUCUAAAAUUCUGGCAAUUUUAAAAGCUUUGGAGAUUCUAAAUUCAUACCUGAAGUAAGUUAAGAAAAGUUUGAAUAAUUUAUUACAACAUCACCAGGAUAUUAAGUUGAUUAAGUUUGGGAAAGUAUUCGUAAAUAUGUAUAUAAUUAUGAUAAACCUUAUGGUUUGAUUGAUUUAUAAGAAAAGAAUGGUUCAAAUUCUUAUUAUAGUAAUAAUUUGAAUGGAGAAUUAUUGGAGGCUAUAGAUAAAUUUUUGAUUGCUUAAGGUGUUUCUGAAUUGAAUACAAGAGUUGUUAAGGUUGGAGAUGAAAUUCAUGUGUUAGUAGCUUCAGUCAAUGAAGGUUAGAAAGACUUAGGAGAAGUACAUAACCACAAAGUUAAAUUGGUUUAUGGUGAUUUUGCUCCUUUUCUUAAUAGUGUUGUAACUCAUCUUACAGCUGCUCUUUAAUAUGCAACAAAUGAUAAUCAAAAGAACAUGAUAUUAGCAUAUAUUGAUCAUUUUAAGAGUGGAGAUGUUGAAUUGCAUAAAUAAUCAUAAAGACAUUGGAUUAAAGAUAAAGGACCUGUUAUUGAAACAAAUAUAGGAUUUAUUGAGACUUAUUUGGAUCCAUUAAAAGUUCGUGCUGAAUGGGAAGGCUUUGUAGCUGUAGUUAACAAAGAAGAAAGUGCUUUGUUAAAUGAAUUAGUGAAUAAAGCUGAAGAUAUCAUUAAGUAUUUACCAUGGCCUAAAGAAUUUGAAGUUGAUGUAUAUAAAAGACCAGAUUUUACUUCAUUAGAAGUUCUUGCUUUUGCUAGUUCUGGUACACCAUUAGGUAUUAAUAUACCUAAUUAUGAUGAUAUAAGAUAAACUGAAGGAUUUAAGAAUGUUAAUUUAGGUAAUACAAUAGGAAAAUUAUCAAAAGAAUCUAUAAAAUUUUUAGAUGAAACAGAUUAAGAUAUAUUUCAUAAAUAUUAAUCAGAAGCUAUUUUCUUGGUUGUUGCUCUUCAUGAAUUGAUAGGUCAUGGUGCUGGUAAAGUAUUUAUGAAAGAUAAGGAUGGUAAUUUAAAUUUCAAUCUUGAAAAUACAAUUAAUCCAUUAACAAAUCAAAAAGUUGAUUCAUUUUAUAAUCAUGGUGAAUAAUGGCAUUCAAAAUUUGGUGAAUUUUCAGGAGCUAUGGAAGAAUGUAAAGCUGAUGCUACUGCAUUAUAUUUAUCUACUUAUGAUGAUGUUGUUAAAUUGCUUUUACCAAAAUAAUCAGAAGAAGAAAGAAGAAAUACUGUAUUUGCAGGUUGGCUUUUUGUUGUUCAUAGAGCUGUUUAAGGAUUAGAAUUUUAUAAUCCAGAAUAAAAGAAAUGGGGUUAAGCACAUGUUUUAGCUAGAAAUGUUAUUUUAUAAUCAUUAAUAAGAGAAGAUCCAGAAAUUAUUAAAAUUACAGAAACUCAAUAAAAUGGUAAACCAUAUAUGCAUUUUAAAUUUGAUUAAUCUAAAUUAUAUACAACUGGUAAGAAAGCUAUUUCUAAUUUAAUAUUACAUUUAUAAGUAUUUAAAUCAAUUGGAGCUGGUAAUGAAGGUGUUCAAUUCUUUAGUAAUUUAGCAGCAGUUAGUGAUUAAUUCCUUAAUUACAGAAAUAUUGUUAUUUAAAAUAAAUUUCCAAGAAGAUUGGAAAUAUAACCAAACUUAAUUUUAUAAGAUGGUUAAGUUAAUCUUAAAGAAUAUGAAUCUACAUUUGCUGGAAUUAUAGAAUCCUAAGUUGAACAUCACUUAGAGAAUAUUGAAACAACCAAAGAAUUAUUUUUAAAAGUAUAAAAGUUAUUCUAAAAUUGA